AUGUUCAAGCUGCAGACGCUCCUCGUUGCCUCGACAUGUCUACUGUUGGAUGGCGCGCUGUCGCUCGCCCAGUCCAACCUGCCUGACCUGGGUACUGGAGUGUUUGAAGUGAGCACGCGUAUCUUGAUCGAUGCUCCACUGGAAACCGUAUGGAACACGAUACUCGACUUCCCUCGGUACCCGGACUGGAACCCUUUCUCUCGGUCACAGGUGGUUUGCGAUGAUCUCUUCGUCCCUCUCGCCAACCAAACUGCGUUCGAGGGCGCCAGGAUCAUCAUCAAUGUACAGAUUCCGCCAUUGACCCCUCCCGUCAACCGUUCAACGCCGUCGAACCUGCUCCACACGCAGAUCUCAUUCGAGAACAUCACGCACUUGCAGCCUGAUCUGCACCGCGUCGCCUGGAAGCAGAUCGACAUCCCAGACAUCGCGGUGAAUGCGACUCGGUGGCAGGCGGUUAGCACGGUGGGUAACCAGACGUUGUACGAGAGUGCGGAGGUAUACGGUGGAGGAUUGGCCGGAGCGGUGGAGCUCCUGUACGGCACGGGUUUGCAGGAGGCAUUCGACGCGCAGGGUGUUGCGUUGAAGGCGCUUCUCGAGGGCACUUCAUGA